AUGUCGACGGGCGGGAACGGCGGCGGGGUGCGGCGGCGGAGGUGGAACCUGUACUGGUGCUACGUGUGCCGUCGCGCGCUCCGGGUGGUCGUCCCGUCGGGCACGUCCGACGUGUACUGCCCGCGCUGCUUCGGCCGCUUCCUCCACGAGAUCGACCUGCCGGUGCCGCGCGUGAGGACCGCGUACCCGCCGCCGGCCGAGGACCAGUUCUUCCAGCCGCCGUUCCUGCCGUACGAGGGACCCCACCGCUGGGUGCUGUACACCGGCGGCGACGACGGCGGUGACGGAGCAGUGCACCGGCGCCGCAUGCCCUCCCCGCCUCCGGCGCCGGGAGCGCGGCGCCCGGACGGUCCAGGCGAUCCACCGCCGCCGGCCGUCGACCCGGGGGAGUACUUCGCCGGGCCCAACCUGAACGCGCUCAUCGACGCGCUGACGCAGGACGACCGCCCCGGCCCGCCGCCGGCGCCGGAGUCGGCCAUCGAGUCGCUCCCGACAGUGCACGUCUCGCCGUCGCACCGGCCGGCCGACGACGGCUCGGAGUGCCCCGUGUGCAAGGAGGAGUUCGAGCUCGGGGAGGCCGCGCGCGAGCUGCCGUGCAAGCAUGCGUACCACUCCGACUGCAUCGUGCCGUGGCUCCGGCUGCACAACUCCUGCCCCGUCUGCCGGCAGGAGGUGCCGGUGCCGGACGGUGAAGCCCCAGACAGCGGCGGUGGCGACGAAGGCGGCCGGAGACGAGCGCCGGCCGAGCCGCAACGGCCGGUCAUGGCCGGCUGGGACCCUAUUGCUCUGCUGGCAAUUGCACUCCUGCCGGACCUGAACGGCGGUCAGGAGGAUAGCCAUGGCCGGAGCGGGAGUGAAGCUGACGACGAUGACGUCGCCGGCGGGAGCGUCAAUAUCACGGCGAUGGUCCAUUCCUUUUUCCUAGUCGCAGCUUGUUUUUUCUUGAUUUCUUUCAUUGUUUAAAAGGCACAGACAACUCUUACUGUGGUCUCUGCCGGUGGUAAAAUCAAUCCGGAAUCUCUACCUUAUUCUA